AUAGGUCCUCCUGGCUUUGGUCCUCCUGGUCCCGUUGGUGAGAAAGGAGUUCAGGGAGUAUCCGGUCGUCCAGGAGCCCCUGGAGCUCCAGGUAUUAAAGGACCACCUGGUCAGACUGUAACAGAGAAAGGAAUACAAGGGCCCAAAGGUUCUCCUGGGAACACAGGUCCUCCAGGAACACCAGGUGAACCUGGUCAACCUGGACAACCUGGUCUUCCAGGGCUUACUGGAAUGAAGGGAGAUCCUGGGAUACCAGGCACUGGUCUUCCAGGGCCAGCAGGGCCAAAAGGGUUUCCUGGAUCUCCUGGUCCACCAGGCCCACCAGGGACACCAGGAAAAGCUGGAUUAGAUGGAACACCAGGUCAGCCAGGAUUUCCGGGGCAAAAGGGUGAUCCUGGAUUUGGGUUGCCGGGUCCUUCAGGCUCCCCAGGAACACCUGGAUUAAAGGGAUCACAAGGACCAAAAGGAGAUUCUGGCUUUCCAGGAAUGCCAGGGGCACCAGGACGAGCAGGGUUUGAUGGAACUCCUGGACCAAAGGGUGAUCCUGGGCAAAAUGGACAGUCAGGGCCUCCAGGACCACAAGGAUUGCCAGGUGCUGGGGGUCAAGGUCCUCCAGGUUCUCCAGGGCUACCUGGACCUGCGGGUCCUCCAGGAUUACCAGGUAUACAAGGUGAUAAAGGAGACACUGGUCCUCCAGGAUUUGAAUAUCCUGGGCCACAGGGAGAACGUGGUAGUCCUGGAUUUCCUGGAGAACGUGGCUUUCCAGGACCCUCAGGGCCACCUGGAUUCCAAGGUCGUGAUGGGGUACCAGGCACUAAAGGUACAAAGGGUGAAAUGGGAGUAAUGGGACCACCUGGACCAACAGGACCUCCCGGUAACCCAGGAAAUCCUGGUUUUUCAGGUCCAAAAGGUCUUGAUGGAUUUCCUGGGCAGCCUGGCUUAAAUGGCAAUCCUGGGUUUAAGGGUGACAAGGGAGAGCGUGGUCUUAUGGGCCCACCAGGAAAUGUUAUUGGAGGAGGUCUUGGAAGUAAAGGAAGUAAAGGAGAGCCUGGGAAAGAUGGUGCACCUGGAUUAAAUGGAGAAAAAGGCUACAGUGGUAUGCCUGGUAAUCCAGGAACACCAGGUCAGAGUGGACCCCCUGGGCCUCCAGGUUUAUCUGGGUCUAAAGGAGAUGCUGGCUUUCCUGGGCAACCUGGAUUACCUGGGUCUUCUGGACCAAAAGGGAACAUGGGAGAGAUGGGACUUCCUGGACCUUCAGGUGAAAAGGGCUUUCCUGGACAGUCAGGGCGUCCUGGAUCGCCGGGAUCUCCAGGAUUUAGUGGAGCUAAAGGUGAAAAAGGUGAACCAGCACUUUCAGGCUUUGGAACCCCUGGCUUACCAGGACAGAAGGGUGAACCUGGGCCAGCAGGUUUUCCUGGCAAUCCUGGAAGUAAAGGAGAAGCAGGAAGCCCUGGAUUACCGGGACUACCAGGUGGCUCAGGCCCUAAAGGAGAUCCAGGUUCCCCAGGAUUUUCAGGUUCUCCUGGUCUUCCAGGGUCUAAAGGACUUGAUGGACCUCCAGGGAACCCUGGGACUUCAGGCCCACCAGGACCAAGGGGAGAAGUUGGCCGUUCUGGGCCACCAGGAACUCCAGGUGAAAAAGGUCAGCCUGGUCAAGAUGGAAUUCCUGGACCUGCUGGUCUAAAAGGCGAACCAGGAUUACCGGGUUUUGGAUCACCAGGAUUGCCGGGACUUCCUGGGAGUCUAGGUGCAAAGGGUGAACCAGGAAUUUCUGGACCUCCCGGAUCACCUGGAUUUCCUGGUUUAAAAGGAGACAGUGGUUAUCCUGGAAGUCCAGGUAGCCCAGGACAACCAGGACAACCAGGUCUCCCAGGAUUUGCCACACCAGGUCCCAAAGGAAAUCCUGGACCAGCAGGACCUCCUGGAAGACAAGGUACACCUGGCCCAGAAGGACCCGUGGCCCCCCUGGCAGUACAAGCUUCAAAGGGGACAAAGGAAAUCCUGGUAUACCUGGACAGCCUGGAUUUCCCGGACCUAAAGGGGAACCAGGAAUAGCAGGUGUUCCGGGUGAUUCUGGAAGACCAGGUUUAAAUGGAAUGAAAGGAGAUCAGGGAGUUCCGGGCGUCCCAGGAUUCCCAGGUAUGAAAGGGCCCAGUAGUCCUCCUGGUCUGGCUGGCGCUAAAGGUGAUCUAGGUAGUCCAGGUCUUCCAGGUCUUCCAGGACCACCUGGUCCCAAAGGUGAGAUUAAGACAGUACAAGGACCACCUGGACAACCAGGGCGACCAGGAAACACAGGACCUCCUGGGCCACCAGGCACCCCUGGAUCACCAGGUCCUUUGGGACCAUCAGGUGACCCUGGCAGAGAUGGACUUCCAGGAUUCGAAGGGCAGUUAGGACGCAAAGGUGACAGAGGUUCACCGGGGCAGCCUGGAUCAAGAGGAAACCAAGGCCCUCCAGGUCCAGAUGGAUUGCAAGGUCCUCCUGGCUCUCCUGGAUUAGGAUCUGUAGCUCAUGGAUUCCUUAUUACCCGCCAUAGCCAAUCUACAGAUUCACCACCUUGUCCUCAGGGAACUGCCAGAGUCUAUGAUGGAUUUUCUCUUCUCUAUGUGCAAGGAAAUGCAAGAGCCCAUGGUCAAGAUCUGGGUACUGCUGGAAGCUGCCUGCGACGUUUCAGCACCAUGCCUUUUAUGUUCUGCAAUAUCAAUAAUGUGUGCAAUUUUGCAUCAAGAAAUGAUUACUCCUAUUGGCUCUCCACUCCAGAGCCAAUGACAGCAAACAUGGAGCCCCUAAGGGGAAGGGACAUUCAGCCAUAUAUAAGCCGGUGCACUGUUUGUGAAGCUCCUGCCAUGGUGAUUGCCAUUCACAGCCAAACCAUUCAGAUUCCUCCCUGUCCUCAAGGGUGGUCCUCUCUCUGGAUUGGCUAUUCAUUCAUGAUGCAUACAAGUGCAGGUGCAGAAGGUUCAGGACAAGCUUUAGCAUCUCCUGGAUCAUGUUUAGAGGAAUUCCGUUCUGCUCCUUUCAUUGAAUGUCAUGGCCGUGGUACUUGCAAUUACUAUGCCAACUCGUACAGUUUCUGGCUGGCUACUGUGGAAAUUGCCGAAAUGUUUAGUAAACCUCAGUCUGAAACACUUAAAGCUGGCGACUUGAGAACACGCGUCAGUCGAUGCCAAGUAUGUAUGAAGAGGACGUAA